GGGGGUCUAACUCGGUGUUACGGUGGGUUUUGACUCUAAGUUAAUUUUACGCAGGAAUAUCCCUUUAAUGACACUGUAAAAAACUGAAUUCUUUCACAUUGACGUGAUAAUUAGAGCUGAAGUUUGCUGAAAAAGUUCCCGUCUCUCACAGAGUUAAAAAUGUUCCCUGAGUUCAGAGUCUGUGUGAAAUCCAGUUUAUGAACCAGAUUGUAUUUAUCCGGUCUAAUGUAAAACCACCUGGACUCUGUAGUCUAGACAGUCCCUGGGAAACUGACAGGCACGCAGUGUUGCAGCAGACCCCGGUCUCCCCUACUCGCUCCCCCACUCUUGGACCUGGUUCGCAGGUAAGAAGGUGAGUCCAGAAGGGUCCGUCUGUCCUCCCUGUCAGACUAAACUCCGGCAUCAAAUUCUCGCUGUUAACUUUAAUUUUUGCGCAAUGUCUUUCUUCCGUUUUCCAUGUCAUUUCCUGUGAUAAAAAUGGUGGUCACAGCUCGGGGAGGCGACUGAGUCGCUGCGAAAUUUGACGGAAAACUUUGCGCCGGGCAGCCGCGGAGCUGACGGCCGGGGGUCGGUGCUCUGCGGCCGGGGAGGACAGAGCCGAGCUCAGCCGGGAGAGAGGGUCCGUGUCCCCGCGGCGUCUCUGCAGAAGGUGGGUCCGUGUCGGUCGCCACAGUGGCCAGCGAAAAUGGCUUCCGAAAACAGCAGGCAGAUUGCCAGAUGUCUGCAGAUCGAAACAGGAGGAGGAGGAGAAAGAGUGGCGCAGAUUAAAACUGAGCCGCAGGAAAUUCACAAAUCCGACCAUUUCACGGAUUAUCGUUGGACACGGACACCCAAAGUUUGGUUCAGAGUUUGUGGUCGGAGCAGACUCCCGCAGGACUGCUCUCAGAUCAGAACCAGGACCCUCAACUCAGAUUAUCUCAGUAUACUGAGACCUGGAAAUGUCUGAGAGAGUUCAGCAGGAAUUCUGGAGCCUCAGUCUGUCUGAGGAGGUGUUCAGAUGUCUGAAGAAACUCCUGCAAAGAUCAUAGUCUCACUGAUGCAAAAUGAAGGAUGUGCAGAGAAUAAUCUGACCCCCAAACUCAGAAUAUCUCAGAUUAUUAAACCUGAUGAGGAGAGAAAUCAAAGUCUGCAAACAGAUUUAAGAGUCAGAGAGAGAAAACAUGAGUGCUCAUGUCUCUGAACAUCCACAUUUUAGACUCUUCUGUUUUAUAAAGACGAUAUUUGGAGGUUUUGGAAAUAAUUUUAACUCCUGACCAUCAAAUAAUGUAACAGUGGAGUGUCUUUACUACGGUGGCCGACAACCGCCACUGCUGCAAAUUUAAAAAGAAUGCAAAUAAUAAAAAGAAGCCACAAUGGAAGUUAAUGACGCAAAAAAAGAAACUUACUGCAAAAAUUAAAGGAUGAACAAAAAAAAAAAAAAAAAAACACAACAGAAGUGGAGUGUGGGACCAAUAAUGAUGAUGCACCGGUGUUUGACAAUCUAGGCACAGAAGACGAGCAAAGAAGUUUUUGUAAAGGUUAUUGUUUAAUUUCACUUUGUAAUGUGUCAUUUUUUAGACCGUGUAGCGCCUGAGUCCAUAUGAAGUUGACCUGGAGGAUGUCGGUGUAGAGUUAGCUUCAGUUUAACUUCAUAUGGACUCAGGUGUUACAUGGUCUAAAAAAAAUGACACAUUAAAAAGUUUACGAAGUGAAAUUAAACAAUAACGUUUCCAUGAACUUCUUUGCUCGUCUUCUGUGCCUAGGUCGUAAAACACCGGUGCAUCAUCAUUAUUGGUCCCCGGCAGCUCACUUACGUUGUGGCUUUUUUUAUUUACAUCCAUUUAUUUUGACAGUAAGUAACUUUAUUUUUUUUCCAUCAUCACUUUAUUUUCCAUCGGUAACUUCCGUUGUAGUUUCUUUUUCUUGCGGCGGUUCUCAGCUACUGUACUUUACAAAUACCAGAACAAAGAGCUAAAAGACCCGAAGCGGCAGAGCUGUGGUUAUUUUCUGUUGGUUCAUUAUUAUUAUCCUAAACAUGAUCAUGUGACCCAUCAUGGUAAACCGUAAUGAGCCCGGGGUCCGACUGAGGUUGUCUCUGCCUGUCUGUCAGACGUAGAUGAGCUCACAUGGUUGUUCCUGUUUGUUCGUUUGUUUCUGUCUGCAGACGAUUGAAGUGGACGACAUGCAGAUUCCCACAAACAUGGUUCCAAAAUGAGCGAGCAGUCGGUGGACCUUUGGUGUGAGUUCUGACUUUCCUUCAGCUUCAAGAGCUUCUUAUGAUGAAUGACCCAAAGUUUAAAGGGAUAUUCUGCUGUAAAAUUAAUUUAGGGUCAAACCCACCGUAACACCGAGUUAGACCCCGCCCCUCCAGAGAUGAAUGUUGUUGACCGCUUACUUCUCUAGUUAUACCAACUUUAGUAACGACCGCAGGAUAGAAAUACAGAGAGCCACGCCCUCAACCAAAACGCCACUCUAUAGCCACAAAUAAUGCUCAGAACAGCACCUAACUUCAUCAACAGGACAUAUAGGGUCACAGACAUAGUACUAUAUUCAGAGCUGUUCUAACUCCUAAGAAAACAUAAAUUUAAGUCGGGGCGUUUCUCCACUUCUGUAGUCUAUAAUCUGGGCCAAUAAACUUCUACUGUAGUAAAAUGAAAAGGUAAAGGUGUUUUUUUGAAGCCGAAUUAUCAAUAAAAUCAUGAUUUUGUUAACAGGUAUGAAUAUAUGUGCUGUCGAGUUAAUAUAUAUGCGAACAAGAGCACAGUAAAGUUAAAUCAGCUAAUUUUCCAAUGAGGUUCUGUUACUGAACGGAACUACACCAUGUUCUACUGAGGUUAGUACAUAUAGGGUCACAGCCAUAGUACUAGACACCAAACAUCUUUUUAACUUUGACUCAUUUCUUUAGCAAAGAGACUAAACACAACUCACCUACUCUCUUCCAGCAGACGCUUGUUUGUAGAGAGACCUCAGGCCAGUCCAUUACAGACUACAGCGGGGUGCCGCAGCUCAAGGAAGAACAUUUAUGUUGUGUUAUGUUAUGUAUGUAACAUUUUCUUCAUGGAAAUACAAUCAGACCGAGACGCUAAGACAGAAGAACUACUGAGUCUGUAAAAUGAUUAAUAUGGUGAUUAUUACUUCAAGGAAAUGAUAAAGAAAUGAUUGUGUUUGAUUGUGUUUAGUCUCUUUGCUAAAGAAAUGAGUCAAAGUUAUAAAGAUGUUUGGUGUCUAGUACUAUGUCUGUGACCCUAUAUGUACUAACCUCAGUAGAACAUGGUGUAGUUCCGUUCAGUAACAAAACCUCAUUGGAAAAUUAGCUGAUUUAACUUUACUGUGCUCUUGUUCGCAUAUAUUAACUCGACAGCACAUAUAUUCAUACCUGUUAACAAAAUUAUGAUUUAAUUGAUAAUUCAGCUCAAUAAAAACACCUUUACCUUUUCAUUUAACAAGUUAAUUGGCUCAGCUUAUAGACAACAGAAGUGAAGAAACGCCCCCACUUAAGUUUAUGUUUUCUUAGGAGUUAGAACAACUCUGAAUAUAGUACUAUGUCUGUGACCCUAUAUGUCCUGUUGAUGAAGUUAGGUGCUGUUCUGAGCAUUAUUUGUGGCUAUAGAGUGGCGUUUUGGUUGGGGGCGUGGCUCUCUGUAUUUCUAUCCUGCGGUCGUUACUAAAGUUGGUAUAACUAGAGAAGGAAGCGGUCGACAACAUUCAUCUCUGGAGGGGGGGUCUAACUCGGUGUUACGGUGUGUUUGACCCUAAAUUAAUUUUACAGCAGAAUAUCCCUUUAAGCCACAAACAUCUGUUUCAGAUCCAAACAUCAGAUCUACAUUUGCUCUAAACUCUGUGAAGGUCUGAAAACCUAAACCUGCUGUUGAAAUGUCCUCCAGUCUGUGAGGAGUGUCAGAACUACUUCCAGAACGAGUGUCCGGCCCACGGGCCCCCGCUGUUCAUCCCUGAUACACCUGCAACACCAGGGUCAGCCAACAGGGCGGCGCUCACCGCCCCAUCAGGCCUGGAGGUAUUCACAGAGGGGGAGGAGGUGGACGUUCGCUGCUUGGAUCCAAACAUCCCCAAGGGGGCGCUGUUCGGUCCAUAUGAGGGGGAUCUGGUGACCAAGGACAAAUCCUCCGGCUUCUUUUCUUGGAUAGUAAGUCCAACCAGUUCAAGACCAGUUCAGAACAAGUCCAGAACAUUCUGGUGAACAUUUACAAAAGUUAAAACCAUCUGAUAUUUCCUUUAUAGACACAAUAGACCACCUUAGACCAAGCCGAGAAGGUUCUGGUAACAAGUCUGCAGCGGGUUAGAAACCAGUCCAGACCUGCUGCAACACUUUGAACCCGUUCAAGACCUGUUUUAGACCCGUUCAAAUUCUGGUUCUCUGUGAAGAACCCUUUAAAUGACGGUUCCUACAAACACAGGUUCUUUUUUUUUUUUUUUUUUAUACUUUAUUUUCAGUUUUAAACUUUACAAAACUGUACAAGACAAACAACGGUAAAGAAACAAUCAAAAGGGCGGCCAGACAAUUGUAGUUUUACAUGAAUUUUCAGAAAAAAGAAAGAGUUGCAUUUGUUGAACCAAGUACCAUCAUAUGAAAGAUUAAGUCAGGUAUCACACCUGACACUGAGCCAAGAAGGGUCCCCAACAAACACAGGUUCUUAUUCUUUAACCCAUUUAAAGUCUGUCAGUUCGAAACCAGUCCGGACAUAGUUCAGUCCUUGAUGUAAACCAGUGCGGCCCAGUUCAGUGUCCUGACUCUCUCUGGUUUUUCCAGGUCGUUGACUUUGACAGCACCUAUCAGUCCAUCGAUGGCAGCGAUGAGACCAAAGCCAACUGGAUGAGGUACCCCUCUUUUUUUUUUUUUCGUCGAAUUAGCGGUACCGUUGUUUUUCUAAUGUCAGCAGAACUUUCUGACCCUGAACAGGCAAAGACCGGACCAACAGAGGUGUUUGGAGUCUCUGUAGAUGUUAAAGGAUGUUGGUCAUGACACUGAGACUGAACACAGCUGAUGAUAGUCGACAGGAAAACUCAGGUGCUUCCCACCAUGUCAAGGUUGUAGGGAAAUGUAGGAAAGGUCUGAGUGUGUUUUAGAGGAGAACCUGUUUAUUUCAUAGUGACGGAGCUCCUCGGAUCCUUCCAUCACUGUAUGAAGCGUGCUCUAAAGUCGUCUCCACUGACGGGUUUGACCUGCAGGUAUGUCCGCACCUCGUCUGAGGAGAGUGACAGGAACUUGACGGCGUUUCAGCACCGUAAAAACAUCUACUUCAGAGUGUGUCGGACUCUGGCGGCCGGAGAGAAGCUGAGGGUUUGGUACAGUGACGACUACAUCCAACGACUGCACUGCGUCUCUCAGGAGAGCAUCCACCGCAACCUGCAGACAGGUAAGAGGAAGUGUCGUGACCACGCUGACCUGAGUUUUACUCACUGUCUGGGUGCGGGAGUGAGGUGUUUCUGACGCACUUCCAGUACAAUCCAAUGUCCAAUCAAAGGUUUCUGUUGAGAUAUAAUUUUCCCAUUUAUUGAUUAAAUGAAAAACAAACAAUAAAGGACAGAUACGUCCAACUCUACGUGAUGGGGGUCGUGGUUUUCGGAGGUUAGCGGUAAAAACCGUGCGAUCUUCCCGUUCCCCAGAUCACCGCUUCACCUGAGUCCCUUUCGUAGCGUUUACCUGCUCAUUCACCUGAAGCGCCCCUUGUGGUGAUUUUGCGAGUAACAAAACAAAACCCUGAAAAUAGUGUCGAUAAAAUGUCUCAUACAGGAAGGAUCCCUCCUGACAUCAGAUGAUUGUCUAAGGAGGGAUGGAUGUUAGACCCCUCUGUUCAAAACCACCAGACCCCAUCACAAAAACAAACAUAAACCUUCACAGGACCUCCUGGAAAACCUCAUCCAGAGAGAUCAGGGCUUUUGUAAAUGGGUUUGUGGUCAAGGUGAACUCAGGUGAACCCAGGUCAGAUUUGGUCCUGUCCUCAGACGGUUUAAUAAACCACUGCAAUGAACACUAACCUCCAGCAGGGGGUGCUGCCACCUCAUUCAGAGCUGUGUGUCUUAGAUUGGCGUCCUCGUGGCCUUUGAUAGAUCCCUCUGCAGAUAGUGAACGCUCAACAACAAUAAAGCAGUUUGAGUCCGCCGGCACGUCUCUGUCAGCAGCUCUUAACUUCUGAAAGUUGGUUUCUUUGUUUUGAACUUUUUUACUUUUUCCCCAAAGUGUCAAACAUCGAAGUUUGUUCAGAUUCAAAGCCACCAUCAUGAGUGGAGCAUAAAAAAAUCAUGAGAAUACAACACCUGACCACAAAUGAUCUAAAGAAUCAAAGUCCAGAACCUUUGUAGCAGUAAAGGGGUCAGUCUAGGCCUGUUCUGGACAGUGUUGUUUUCGUCAGGCAGGACGAAAACUUAAAUGACGACGUCAGACCCCUUUUUUCCUUGACGAAAAUGAGACUAAGACGAACGUCACCAAAGCUCUGUAAAGACUAAAAUGUGACGAAAAUUGUAUUCAUUUUUGUCAGACGAGAACGAGACGAGACUAAAUUGUUAUUAGGUGGACGAACAAAGUUUCAAAACAUGCUUUUUUUUGUCCUAACAGUCACGCCCCCAUCACACACGCACCAAAAGCCUCGCUCGCGCACAGCUGCGCGCACACACUCAUACACAUGCACAGAGCGGCAGGUGGACGAGGCGCGCACACACACACACACACACCGUGGCGGCAGGCACAGCAGCGGUGCCCGGUGGCCCGAAAAAAGAGGGAUGCUUUUGGUCCUACUUCAGAUACAGUUCAAGUGACAAUAAAACACAAUGUCUUGGACGGAGACGGGGAGACAGACGACAGUUAUGGAGCCACAGCUGUCGGGAAAGAACACCACGAACUUCAAAACGCACCUUUACGUCGACUAAAACUAGACUAAAACCUUUUGAGUUUUCGUCGGACUAAAACUAGACGAAAACUAUCAAGGAUAGAAAUGACUAAAAUGGGACUAAAACGAAGAAGCAUUUCGUCAAAAUGACGAAGACUAAAACUAAAUCUGAAAUGCCUGCCAAAAACAACACUGGUUCUGGAGAACUUGGAAAAGCACUAGAACCACGCUGGACCUCUGUAAACGACAGUCAGAACCAUUCUGAAGCUGUUAGUACAAAAGUGAACAGAGCAGUCCUAAACGGAUCCUCUGAGGUAGUCUAGAACUAGUCUGGACCCAUUUAGGAAAAAUUUAAACCAGUUUAUACCCAGAGAAAAACUCACACCAGUCAGGAACUGUUACUGGCACUUCUCAGCUCCAGUUCAGUACAAAUUAAAACCAGUCCAGAAAUAUUUCAGACCGGUCCUAAACAUAGUCCAGACUCGUCUAAAACCAGGCGUACUAUUACAGUGAAAUGUGACCCUGCUCAGAAACAGACUAGACCUCUUCAAACACCAGCCUAGUCCAGUGCAGAACCAGUCUAGACCCAUUUCAGUAUCUUUAAACUGAUUUAGAGCGAUCCAGACCAUUUCUCUGCAGAGUUGAAAGAAUUUAGGGACCGCCCAGUUUCAGGGUCGUCUACACUGGUCUAGAACUAGUUUCAAACUCUUGCAGAAGGAAUUUAAAGCUUUUUUAGAGCAAGUCUAGACCUGUUCUGGUAACAGAGUACACCCAUCAGGGACUGCCCUAGACCUGCAACAGCUAAGAGUUCAGACAGAAUAGAAAAAUGCUAGAUCUUUCUAAAGUGACCCCACUCUGGAACCCGUCUAGACCUGAUGCAGAAAAAGUUUGACCCAUUUUAGAACCAGUCCGGGUCCAUUUUAGCUCUUUUUUGGCCAGUACAGGUACAGGACUGGUCCAGAUGUGUUGCUUUGAACAUAACUAUUAGAUCUGAACCAGUCCAGGACCAGCCUAGACCUUUUACAGUUUAAGGUUAGAUCACUUUAUAGACAGUCUACACCUGUGCCCCUGAAAGAAGAUCCUGUUUCAGAUCCAGUCUGGACUAGAAUUUCGUUGUUUCAGGGUCAAACAGACACGAUCCUACAGCAGCUGAUGGUGGCCAUGCUGGUCUAUUCUGUGUUUCUACGAUCUGUAGACCUGUUCCUGUGCUGUCUGCAGGAUCUCAGCAGUAACUGAUCAGUGCUGUAUCACUGGGAAAAUUGUUGGCCUCCCAGUACAGAGACUGGUUUGUUCUGUAACUGACCUCUGGAAUCAAGAGCUUCUGAUAAAUAUGACGUUUCCACUGAUUGUUUGAUUCCAGGUACAGAGAAGCCGACCGUCCUGCCAAACAUUCAGAAGGAUUUCAAAUCUGUGUGCCUGCAGUCAGCGCUGCAGGGCAAACCCAGCCCCAGUAAACCACCUGAUGAAGAACCAGACGGCCAACCGCCUGCCAAGAGGAAGAAGAUCGACCUCAUCUUCAAAGACGUUCUGGAGGCUUCCCUUGAGGACUCUGGCAAGUCAUCUCACCCUGCUGAGUGUAAAACCGCAGUUCCUGGUUCAGGGUCGACUGGAGGAAGCUUUAGUGUUCCUAACCUGAAAGUGGAGGAGAAAGAGGAGGAGAACCAGAGCGGAGAGGAACCCUCCACCUCCUUCUGCCCCAACUGUGUCAAACUGAAGAAGAGGAUCCUGGAGCUGGAAGAGGAGCUGUCCCGUCUCAGAGGGGAACAGGAGGACGUUGUUGGUGCAUCCAUGUCAGAAGAUCAGCAGUCCCAAAACAUCCAAGUCCCACCCCAUCCUGAGCAAGGCCCCAUCGAAGACUUCCAAGGUAUGUUCUGGAAAAUUAAGUCUUGGACCUGUCACACCGUCUUUCAGUUCGAGACUGCCUCUUCCUCCUGGUUCAAACUAUGUCAGAUCCAAAAUCCAUCUCAGUGUUUUUAAGAGGUCUCAUUUUAAAAAGUUUGAGGAUCUACUAAAGAUCAUCCUUCUGUCGGCGUGUCUCAAAGAAGUUCAUCCAGUAGUUUCAGGGACAUCUCAUUACUGACCUGGGUGAGACUCAGACCAGCAGACAAAACAAUCCAAAGAUGGUGUAGAGCUCUCUUUAUAACAUGAUGAACAGAUCGUAGUUCAAACUGAUUUGAUUCAAACAAACCGACUCAAAAGACUAAUCUGUUUGUCUUUGCAGGAAUGGAGCCCCUGACCCCCUCUCAGGUGGUCCUGGAUGAAGAUGACCAGGACGUAGACUCUGCUGAUGAGUCGAUUGCAGCAGAUCUUGUGAUUUCUCCAGAAGACUCCUCGAAGCUUUCCUCUGGAGGAAGCAGACGGAUUCGUCGUUUCAAGCAGGAGUGGCUGAAAAAGUUCUGGUUCCUUCGCUACUCGCCAACUCUCAACGAGAUGUGGUGCCACGUCUGCCGCCAGUACACCGUCCAAUCAUCUCGAACCUCCGCCUUUAUCAUCGGCUCUAAGCAGUUUAAGAUCCACACCAUCAAGCUGCACAGCCAGAGCAACCUCCAUAAGAAGUGUCUGCAGCUGUACAAGCUGAGGAUGCACCCGGAGAAAACGGAGGAGAUGUGCAAGAACAUGAUGCUUCUGUUCAACGCAGCGUAUCAUCUGGCCCUGGAAGGACGGCCCUUCUCUGACCUCCGUCCACUUGCAGAGCUUCUGAAGAGGUGUGAGCUCAAAGUGGUGGACCAGUACAUGAACGAGGGGGACUGCCAGAUCCUUGUCCACCACAUCACCCGGGCUUUGAGGGAGGACCUGGCUGAGAAGAUGCGCCUGUCCCCCUUCCUAAGUGUCAUAAUGGAUGCCCAGAACGAUGACCUUUUCUCAGACAUGGUGGCCGUCUACGUCCAGUUCAUCACCAAUGAAGGCUCCCCAAACACCGAGUUCCUGUCCCUGCAAAGACUGAGCAUGGCCAAUGUGGAUGGGUACCUUCAGGCCAUGGACAGAGCCUUCGGGGUCCUAGGUCUCAGAUUUCAGGACUUGCUUGUGGUGGGUCUGGGGGUAGACGGCACUAACAUUUCUUCAGGAUUGAGAGCCAACCUGUACAUCGCUGUGCAAAAGACUUUUCCCUGGAUGCUCUGCCUCCCGAUCAUGAUCCACCGGCCACACCUGGAGGUGCUGGAUGCCAUCAGUGGGAAGGAGCUCUCCUGCUUGGAGGAUCUGGAAAACAACCUGAAGCAGCUCCUUAGUUUCUACCGCUACUCGCCUCGCAUGAUGGCGGAGCUACGAUCCACUGCUCCAACGCUGUCCGAGGAGACGGAGUUCCUUGGAGACAUUCGAGCCAUUCGAUGGAUAAUAGGAGAACCCAACGUCCUCAAUGCCCUCAUCAAAGACUACCUAGAGGUGGUUGCACAUCUGAAGGAGAUCAGCAGCCAGACACAAAGGGCUGAUGCUGCUGCCAUCGCCCUCACCCUCCUACAGUUCCUCAUGGACUACCAGUCAGUGAAGCUCAUCUACUUCCUCCUGGACAUCAUAGCUGUUCUCUCACGGUUAGCCUUUACCUUCCAGGGAGAGUACCUGCUGGUGUCGCAGGUGGAGGCCAAGAUCGAAGAUGCUAUCCUUGAGAUCGGACAGUUGGUGGACUGCCCCGGAGAGUAUCUGCAGGAGUUUGAGGAAAACUUUCGUGAAACUUUCAACGGCAUCGCUCUGAAGAACCUGCGAGUUGCAGAGUCCAAGUUUCAGUCCAUCCGAGAAAAGAUCUGCAACAGGAGCCAGGGGAUCCUGUCUCAGAGGCUGGACUUACAGAGCCGUUCAUUUGCUAAAGCCUGCAAGGUCCUGGACCUGUCCACCUGGCCUCGUGACCGGGAGGACCUACAGACUUAUGGGGAGGAAGAAAUCCAGAUGAUAUUUAACCACCUGGAGUCAAUUCCCUUGAUCGGUAAAGAGGGCUGUCUGGCCAGGACGGAGGCCAAAGGCAGCCUGGUGGGGGAGUGGAAGGAUCUGAAAGCAGACUACUUCAGUAUGAACGGUUUCAAAGAGGUCAUCGCUCAUAUCUGCAGGUACAAGCAGCGGUUCCCUCUGCUGAAUCGGAUCGUGCAGGUCGUCAGAGUUCUGCCCAGCUCCACGGCGUGCUGCGACAAAGGGAGAGGGUCUCUGCAGAAGAUGUGCAAGAACAACCGCUCUCGGCUGACUCUGGAGCAGAUGAACGACCUGCUGACGGUGGCGGUUAAUGGACCGCCCAUCGCUAACUUCGAUGGGAAGCGAGCGUUGGACAGCUGGUUUGAGGAGAAGUCUGGCAGCAGUUUCUCUCUGUCAGCUGAGGUGUUGAACAGGAUGUCGUCCACUGAUCAGAAGUCUGUCCUGCACAGUGUCGACGUUAACACCGAGUUUUAUCCUGACAUAUGACAGGAAGACCAACAGGCGCAACACGACACAAAGCUCUGCUUAUUAGAGGAAACACAAACGAUGGUCUCAUAUUUCACAGACAUAGAGCGUCUACUACGCUCACGCCUGAGGGGCGCACUGGAAUCGCUUUCUUCAUAAAACACAGAAAGUCACAACACAACUACAAACAGACACAAAACAAACACAACAAGAGACGCAGACUCCAACGAGAAACAACCACCGACAUGAACGUAAAACAAACACAACCGACCAAAGUAGCAGGACUACCACAGAGAGGUCAGAACAGACACAAAGAGACACGAGGGACGACAAGGAUACGAAACCACCGACCAUAAAAACGGAAAAUCAAACCAAAAAAAGUCACAACAACAAAAAUACACUAAACCCCAAAAACAUCAAACCUGCACAGAGAUGAAAUACAAGCUCAACCCUCAGAGACCCGGAACGACCACGAAACUGGACUUAAAAAACCUGCCAGAGACCAAACAAGCACAAAAAUACUGAGAGGCUCAAAGACGUGAAAAUACCUACAGAAAAGGAAGUUACCAUAGAAACGGAAAAACGACACCAGAGACCCAAGAGUCAGAGGUCAAAGUUCAAUAUGACCAGAUACAGGCCGACCACACAUACCGACCAUGAGCCCAGAACAUGAGGAAGACCUUCACCCCUCCAAAAUAAAAGACACCAUCUUUAAUCCGUUACACCCCCAGAGGAGUGUCUGUUUACAGGGAGUCUUGGUUUCGCUGUUCAGCUACCAUCGAUCUCAAGUCUCAGUUUUACUGUAAAGUCAAAGUUACGCAGAAGCUUCACUUUGGUCCACAUCAGUCUGUCUCUGCUGAGUCUCUGAUUUACUGAAGAUAAUUACACAGAGACAAAAACCUGUCCUCAGACUCUGAGUCUGUCUCUGUGGAGUCUCAGUUUCACUGUAAAGAGCUCAUUUCUCAGAGGCGUCACUCUGGCUCAGUGUCGAACCCUCUUUUUGUUUCCCUGAUUAAAGUGAAGUAACAAACAGGCUCCUCUCUACCCAGUUAAGUCGCAGUUUCACUGUUCAAAGUAACGUACACAGAGGCUUCACUCUGGCUCACCAUCAUCUUCCUGGUGAGUCUCAGUUACACAGUGAAGGAGAAGUCACACAGAGACAUCAUUCUGGCCAAACAGCUAGUCUUGGUUUUAACGGUCAGAGUAAUUAAAGAGUGUGUGACUUUGACUCAACACUCCUCUGUUAACCGUCAGUCUCAGUUUCACUGUAAACACUCAGUUAUACUGAGGCGUAGGCCUGUCGCGAUAAUCAAUAAAUCGCCUUAUCGCUCGAUAAAUAAAAACGAGGUCGGUCAUUUUGCCAGCCUCGAUAAUUGACGUGCGUUUGUUUUCCUCCUCUCUCGCUACCAAACACGCUGGAUGAGAGAAGAGGUCUCACUCUGCGCAUUGUUCUCGGCACCUGGGGGCGUUGGCUCUAUAGCGGAAUGAACGGAGUUAGUGAACCCUCCUGUCAGUCAUUCAGUAUCUUUGUCACGGGGGGGCGCGCGCGCAGGUACACGUAGGCGCGCACAGGCACACAGACACAGACUUUUGGAUACAGUGCUGCAAGUGAGCGUCGUGAGUGAAAAGCAAGCAAACAGAAUGAACACGACAGCUUUGGUGUCUAAACCGAACGCAACAGCCCAAGUGUGGGAAUAUUUCGGCUUUAAACCAGUUUUGUUUUCGUCAACCACAAAACUCCACGUGUGUGUGUGUGCGCGUGUGCGUGUGUGUCUGUGUGUUGGAGGAGCACAGCAGGCUGAUGAGAGCUGUCAGAGCGGACUGAAGCUGCUCCUGUAUGUUUAGCGUUCAACUGACUGAGUUUUGCAACUCUGUUCGUCAUUUUCGUCUCGUCCCAUCAACGUAAACGCACUUUCGUCUCGUCACAUUUUAGUCAUCUCCGACUUAUGUUUAGCUCGUCAACGUUACGUCUUCGUCGUGGGUGAAAUUAAAGUUCAUCACUUUUGACACGGUGCACUCGCAUUAUUAUGCCAUUUAAUAUCAUUAUCUAUAAUUUAAAAAACGGUGUCAAUAAUAUCGUUUAUCGGCGAUAAUUUGUAGCACAAUUAUCGUCCAGCAAAAUUUGUUAUCGUGACAGGCCUACUGAGGCGUCACUCUGGCUUCAUUUCAACCCUUAAAAGAAACGGAUUUCCUUGUCAGGUCUUCAGUUUGUACCUGAACAGUCUACACUGCCUGGACUAGAAACCAGACCACUUCUCAGACUCAGAUCCAGACCCGUAGAGUCUGUAAAUACUGAUCCAGACUGGCUGGGGGGUCGAAGUCGUCUUCACACUCUGACUGCCUUCAUUGUCGACCCGAGGCUGCUCUUGUUCGGCUAAAUAAUAAAGCACUUGUUGGCUGAAGAAAAAGUCAGUUAUACGUGAAGAACAAUCCUUUAGUGUCAAAGUGAACGUCUGCGCUCUGUAGUGCCUGAGAGGAAAAAAAACCAGUGUGGGGUUUUUAAAGGUUUUAUAUUUCUAUGAGAAGAGCAGACAGCCCUGAGCCUCACUCCCUGUACAUAUAUAUACGUACUGUACAAACUAUUGUAAAAGCUUUGGAGUCUGUUUCUAAGAGAGUAUUUUUCCUCGGAUUCAAUGAUUGUGCCGUAACGCUUGAAUGCAAGACCUGAAAACAAAGGUGCUGCCCUGCUCUGCCAUAUUAGUGACGCUGUUUUCUGCUGCAAAUGAAAGACUUCCGAUCCUUUCAGCUCCUGUAGUGGACUGGGAUCACUUCAGUCUCCUUGAAGCCAAAGCUCAGGCUGAACUCAUAUUAUGACUGCAUGAAGUGCUGCUUUGAGAACAAGUUAAACUUUGAUAUUGUUUUAUUCAAGCUGCUGUAAAUAAAGCUAAACUUGAUAGAAUAAGGAUGACAGAGCGGAGAUGGGAGAGGACGGACGCUUUAGCUUUAUUUUUUUUACAGCUGGUUUUCUGACGGGGGCCCCGAACGUCAAAGAGAUAUUCCUACGUUAAAUUAAUUUAGGGUCAAACCCACCGUAACACCGAGUUAGACUCCGCCCCUCCAGAGAUGAAUGUUACCGACCGCUUGCUUCUCUAGUUAUACCAACUUUAGUAACGACCGCAGGAUAGAAAUACAGAGAGCCACACCCCCAACCAAAACGCCACUCUAUAGCCACAAAUAAUGCUCAGAACAGCACCUAACUUCAUCAACAGGACAUAUAGGGUCACAGCCAUAGUACUAUAUUCAGAGUUGUUCUAACUCCUAAGAAAACAUAAACUUAAGCGGGGGCGUUUCUCCACUUCUGUAGUCUAUAAUCUGGGCCAAUAAACUUCUACUGUGGUAAAAUGAAAAGGUAAAGGUGUUUUUAUUGAGCCGAAUUAUCAAUAAAAUCAUGAUUUUGUUAACAGGUAUGGAUUUAUGUGCUGUCGAGUUAAUAUAUUUGAACAAGAGCACAGUAAAGUUAAAUCAGCUAAUUUUCCAAUGAGGUUCUGUUACUGAACGGAACUACACCAUGUUCUACUGAGGUUAGUACAUAUAGGGUCACAGCCAUAGUACUAGACACCAAACAUCUUUUUAACUUUGACUCAUUUCUUUAGCAAAGAGACUAAACACAACUCACCUACUCUCUUCCAGCAGACGCUUGUUUGUAGUGAGACCUCAGGCCAGUCCAUUACAGACUACAGCGGGGUGACACAGCUCAAAGAAGAACAUUUAUGAUCAUUUCUUCAUGGAAAUACAAUCAGACCGAGACGCUAAGACAGAAGAACUACCACGUCUGUAAAAUGAUUAAUAUGGUGAUUAUUACUUCAAGGAAAUGAUAAAGAAAUGAUCAUAAAUGUUCUUCCUUGAGCUGCGGCACCCCGCUGUAGUCUGUAAUGGACUGGCCUGAGGUCUCUCUACAAACAAGCGUCUGUUGGAAGAGAGUAGGUGAGUUGUGUUUAGUCUCUUUGCUAAAGAAAUGAUCAUUAAUUUUCCUUCUAACUCAGUGUUUCGGUGUGUUUGUCCCUAACUUAAUUUCAUGCCGGAAUAUCCCUUUAAGAGUUGAUGUUGAUGUUGAUGUCAGCCAAGCUGGAGCAGGUCCUCGGUGACUCUGUUUUACCCAUCAUGACCUGAUGAACACGGUCUGCACACAGACUCCAAGUUUGGAGAUGAUCUUAAAGCCACAUGUUGGAUGUUUUAUCAUGACUGCAACAGAAUCCUUGUCUGUAAAAGUUCCAGUUUUUGGUUACUGACAGAAUCAGGUAGUUCUUCUCAGAGGGUCCCUGCAGAGACAGAGACAGACAGUUUUCUGACAGACUCUGAAGAACUACCUGAGCCCAUCAGGGUCAAAAACCCUCAGACUUUGGUCCAUCAGGGACGAUGUUGCAGACCGUUUACCUGCUGCAGGAUCGAUGUCCUCAGAGGAGUCAUCCUGACGUUUGUUGCACUUUUUAAAAAAUAUUUUGAUGCCAAAACAACAAAAAGACAGAAAAAGGUUUUUGUCUGUAAACUUCAGUCUGAAUCCUGAAAACGUUGGAAACUGUUUGUUUGUUUUGAACUUUAAUUGUGCAUGUCUGUAUUAUUAUUCUGAUGAUGAUUAUUAUCUGCAUGACGUCCUUCUUCCUGUGUAAACCCCUCUGUUACUGUGGGAGCGUCUCGUCUGUGGAGCUGCUUCUCGGUUGGAUGUUCUUGAUCUGCGGACUGUGUGGAGUCGGCGUUAAGCUGCUGAUGUGUGAGAUGUUUGACUCUUCUGUGUGUGUUCUCAGAUCAACCAAAAGAAAAUGUCACUUCUCUGUUUUUUUUUAUCUUUAAAAUGCUUCAAAAACACCUUAAAAGCCAUUAAAUCUGGAGUCUGCCUCUGUCCGUGUCUGUUCGUGUCUCUGACAGAGUUCCACUUCGAUUCUUUAACAGAUCAGACAUGAGUUCACCCAGUGGCGGCUGCUGGUCUUUCAAUGAGGGGAAGCUCAUUUUUCUGGCCUACAUCAUAAUUGUAUUUGUUUAUUAGUAUGUAACAGAACAGAGUCGCCAAACACAACGGCAGUCGUUUUUAACAAAGACAAAAGUCGCUGAGGAUCGGUAAAGUCUCUGGAGCAGUUAAGAACAACGGAAUGAAUGACUUGGAAAAUGCUCUGGUAGAUGUUUUAUUCUUCAAGAUCGCUGAUUCGCUUGUUUAGCUGUCAGUCAAAAAAAGGAUUUCGCCUCAGACAGCUCAUCCAAUCAUGGAGGCAGAAGCUCGGAGUCCGGGAGAAAGUCGGGACCGCCCUCUCGCCAUAGAACUCCAGUGAAGCUUAGCUUCCAUUGGGCGGGACAAAGCCCAGCAUUUAUCCAAUGAGCGUCUAGUUUCGCUGCUGGAACAACCCACUUUGAGCUUCCACAUUGAAGUCAGCAGAAGCCCAGCGUCCGGCUGUUUGAAGCGCUGAGGCGCUGCGAGGAUGAAUGAGAACGAAGUUAUGCUGGUUACCUGUGAUUAUCAGCUUCUUAUCACAGUGUCUGAACAAAAGAUGAAGGCUUUCUAGUGCGUAUUUAGUUAAUGAAAUGUACACACAGCCGUACGUAUUUCACCACUUUUUCUUUUUUUUGAGGGGUGACAUUUUAAGGGAAGCCGAGCUUCCCUUGCAGUCUUAGAGCAAUCACCACUGAGUUCACCUCAGAUUCACUUUAGUCCUUCAUAACAGAGUUUCCUGUCUGCAGAGGAGAGGAGAUCUUUUUAAAAGGGAAAUAAAAACUUUUAGUUCAUGUUUCGAUCAAAUUUAGAGGAAAGUGUUUAAACAUGUAGAAAGUACGGUGGCCGAGAACCGCCACUGCUGCAAAUAAACACAAAUGCAAAAGGAAAGGAGCCACAACGGAAGUUAAAGACGCAAAAAAAAGUGACGAUUUAAAAAAAAAAGUUACUUAUUGUGAAAAUAAAAGGAUGUAAAUAAAAAAAGUCACAUUGGAAGUGAGCUGUCGGGGACCAAUAAGACGAUGGCGAGAAGACGAACAAAGAAGUGUAAAGGUUAUUGAUUAAUUUCACUCGUAAACUUUUUAAUGUGUCAUGUGGUUAGACCGUGUAGCACCUUUUUUUAUUUGCAUCCUUUUAUUUUUGCAGUUUGUAAUUUUUUUUUUUUUCGUCUUUAACUUCCAUUGUGACUUUUUUUUUU